GCGGGAAGGGAAGCAAAGCGUAGCGGAGGAGGAGGAGGGAGGAGGAGGGACGAGGAGGGGGGAGGCAUGGAGGGAGGGAGGAAGCAGAAUGCAGUAGGAGGCGCCAUGCAGGGGGAGGUAUCGAAUUUUGGCCAAUCAAAAAAAGGUAUCUUGUCUUGGCGUCAUUAGCAUGUGGGUCUGUAAAUAGAGCGGGUGCGAGGCGGGCGCCAGUCAUUUUCUGUUCGUUUACUCGAGAAGCAGCAUCAUGCCCGAUCCAGCCAAGACCGCGCCCAAGAAGGGAUCAAAGAAAGCCGUGACCAAGACGGCAGGUAAAGGAGGCAAGAAGCGCAGAAAAUCCCGGAAGGAAAGCUACGCCAUCUACGUGUACAAGGUCCUGAAGCAGGUGCACCCUGACACCGGAAUCUCAUCCAAGGCCAUGGGCAUCAUGAACUCCUUCGUGAAUGAUAUUUUUGAGCGCAUCGCUGGUGAGUCUUCUCGUCUGGCUCACUACAACAAGCGCUCCACCAUCACCUCCAGGGAGAUCCAGACCGCCGUUCGCCUGUUGCUUCCCGGCGAGCUGGCCAAGCACGCCGUGUCCGAGGGUACAAAGGCCGUCACCAAGUACACCAGCUCCAAGUAAAGCGCGUUACCGCCGUCUUCAUCAACCCAACGGCUCUUUUAAGAGCCACCCACUUUUCAUACAAAGAGCAAGCUCCUCUUUUUCGCUUUUCCUCUCACGCUGUGUGUGUGUGUGUGUGUGUGUGUGAGACAGAGAGUGAUCGAGGGGGACUUCUGAAGCGCUGCACUCCUGUGGAUGUUCAGGCUUUGGGGUAAUUAUAGCAGUCUGCUAAAUGCAGAGAUGAGUAUAUUUAAACAGGGUUGUAGCACGGUUUCGGGGGUUGUAUAAUCUGAGCAAUGCAAAAUGGGGCUUUAGCAGCACAAAGUUAUUCGUAUUAAGAUUGUAGCAAGAGGGAAUAACAAAAUGGUAGCACAUAAUCAUUAUUAAUUAGAGGUGCCCAAACUUUUUCCUAGGAAGGGCCAAAAAUCAAACUUGAUUGAGGGCCGUGGGCCGAAAGUAAAUGUUGGAUUAUACCAAACUGUAUUAUAUUAAAAUUAAAGUUGCCAUUUAUGAUUUCAUAAUAUUUACAAAUAAAUAGAAAACAUUAGUCUGUAUCUGCUUCACUAAUGCAGUUUUAUUUUCUGAGUUUUAUAGUUCAAUGAA